GGCAUUCCUAAACUUCCUGCGUAGGAUUUGAAAUUUGAAAAAGGUUGUUUUUUUUUGGUUUUCUUAAUAGCCAUCACUGGAUACAAAAUGUUUUGUGGCCAGUGCGGAGAGAGGGUUCAAACUAACUGGCGUUUUUGUGUUUUUUGUGGUGGUCCUCUCAAAAUAGAAGGUAAUACUGAAAGUGAAAGCCCAAGUAAACUAAAGCCUGAAACAGAGACUGCGGUAAAAAAGGAACAUACUCCGGCCGGAAAGCUAGAAAAUGUAAUCAAAAACUUAACUCCAGAUGGCAAAAAAAGUCUAGAUUUCUUGAGGAGUAAAUACGGAAAGGAGUCUACAGACAGUGUUUUAAUUGUGCAGUUUGUAGGAUCCGAUAGAAAGGUGAUCAGAAGAAUUGGUGGGCUGCCACGAAAAGCAAAGAUAAGUUCCAAAAAAAUCAAGUUCUGAUGAUUGGAUAUCAACAUUGAAGUCUUGUUUCAAGUAUCAAAAUUUUAAUAUGGACGAUGUCUUUUUUGUGAUUAAUAAAGAAGAUGAAAAAACUAAAAUCACUGUCGAAUUGCUGGAAAUGAGAAGAAGAAAAAUGCACAAAAAAGAUUUAUUGGUAUAUGCUGUGCUGCCAAAAAAAAUGUGCUGCUGCUGAAGUGUUGUCUACUGCUACAGUUACCGUAUCAUCUGAAGAGGAUGUCAAGGAGACAUCUGAAGAGGAUUCAAAAGAGGCGCAGGGUUCAGCUGCUGAUGAAACACAAGUUGAGAAAUCUCGUGUAAAAAAGAAACUUUUAGCAACAGGUUCAGCUGCUGAUGAACCACAGUCUGAGAAAUCUCAUGUUAAAAGGAAAAUUUUGGCAACGUGUUCAACUGCUGAUGAAACACAGUCUAAUAAAUCUGGUGUAAAGAGGAAAAUUUUACCAACAGAUUUAGGUGCUGGUAAAACACAAGUUGAGAAAUCUCGUGUAAAAAGGAGAAUUUUAGCAAUGAAAACCCAUUCAGACACUCAUUCAUCAGAAGAGGACUCAAGUGAUGAUUCCAUGGAGACUAAGAAACAUGAACCUUCAGAAGUAUUUGUUGAUGAUUGGUGGACGAAAAACUUGGAGACGAUAAAGAGUACAUUAUUUAAUCACCCUUUCUUUCAACCCUUGUUUCAGAAAUGUGCUGCUGCUGAAGUGUUGUCUACUGCUACAGUUACCGUAUCAUCUGAAGAGGAUGUCAAGGAGACAUCAAAAGAGGCGCAGGGUUCAGCUGCUGAUGAAACACAAGUUGAGAAAUCUCGUGUAAAAAAGAAACUUUUAGCAACGGGUUCAGCUGCUGAUGAACCACAGUCUGAGAAAUCUCAAGUUAAAAGGAAAAUUUUGGCAACGUGUUCAACUGCUGAUGAAACACAGUCUAAUAAAUCUGGUGUAAAGAGGAAAAAUUUACCAGCAAAAACCCAUUCAGACACUCAUUCAUCAGAAGAGGACUCAAGUGAUGAUUCCAUGGAGACUAAGGUUGGUUUCAAUGUAGAUUGCUACAAAUGUUGCAUACAUGCCAGUAGACUGUAA